ACACAAUCAACGGUCCAAACAUGUUCCACAGGUGCAUUAUCAUCGCAAUAAUAGCGGCCAGUGCGUGCGCCCGCACCACGUCCGUGCCGGAGGAGACGGCCCGUUCGGACGACAGUUCCGGUUAUUUCGGUGACCUCAAGUAUGUGUAUAGAGUGUACAAGGAGUGCGCCGCCGCCGACUUGUCGUCGUGCCUGAAGCUGAAGCUGGUCUCGGCGCUGGAUCGUGCCGCACGCGCCUACAGCGACGUCAGCCUCUUCGAGGGCGUCUCCUUCGUCAAGGACCCCAAAGCCACCGCCAUAAACGAGGUGAAGACCGAGGCCGAACUGGAGACGACCCUUCCCAGGAGUUUAACGGAGAAGGACGAGGCCCUCAACCACCUGAUCCUGGACAAGGUGACCAACUUCUUCGAAACCCACACCCUCCAGGUGAAGCUCCCAACGGCGAACGAGCUCCAACGCUCCUUCUCCGAGGAAAGCCGUGGCAAAAAGAAGAAGGGUGCAGGCCUCCUUCUACUCCCACUCAUCGCCCUAGGAACGUUGAUCCCCUUGGCACUAGGUGCUCUGGCUCUGUUGGCCGGCAAGGCUUUGAUCGUCUCCAAGUUGGCUCUGGUCCUAGCCGGCAUCAUUGGCUUGAAGAAGUUGCUGAGCAGCGGCCACGGCGGCGGCCACGAGUCCGGACACGUCGAAGUGGUGGCGGGAGGACACGGCUCGGGAUGGGGCAGGUCCUACGAAAAGGAACAGGCCCAAGCUAUGGCCUACAACGCCUACGACCCAAAAAGUCGAUGAUUUAACUUAUCUAACUUAAUUUAAUUAAUUUAUUCAAAUGUACUGACUUAUUUAUAAUGAUAAUAAUAAAUUUAUAUUUUGUUUUA